AUGAAAUUACUCCACCUUGUAAAUAAUUUGAACAUUCCUAGGGGAAACGCUUUGGAAAAAUUGUGUAAAUGUGACAAGACAAGUAGGGGGUUUAAAGCGCUGACAAAUAUAUGCACCUCUAGGGAAAUCACAAACGAAUAUACGUUACACCACACUGGAGGGGGAUGCGUGCGGAGGAGGAGGUUCCAUAGCAGCCGGGGGGACAAUCCAGGAGGAGGCGACUCGGUGGAGAAGAAAAAUGGUGAACCAUCAAGAAAUAACCACAGUGAGAGCGCCCCCCUCUACGUGGACGACCUUGCAAACGAGCGCGAGAAAAAAAAAAUCAACAGAUUUUACCUAGACAGCCAAGCGACCACCAUGAUAGACCCCAGAGUGCUGGACAAAAUGAUGCCCUACAUGACGUACAUAUAUGGAAACGCGCACUCGCGCAACCAUUUCUUUGGCUGGGAAUCCGAAAAGGCAGUAGAAGAUGCAAGGAAAAACAUCCUCCAUUUAAUAAACGGAAAAAACAACAAAGAAAUUAUCUUCACCUCCGGAGCAACAGAAAGUAAUAACUUAGCACUCAUAGGAAUAUGCACCUACUAUAACAAAAGAGACAGCAAAAAAAACCACAUAAUUACGUCUCAAAUUGAACAUAAGUGCAUCCUGCAGACGUGUCGAUAUUUACAAACGAAGGGAUUUGAAGUGACUUAUUUGAAACCUGAACCUAAUGGAAUUGUAAAAUUAGAAGAUAUCGAAAAAAACAUAAAGGAAAAUACCAUAAUGGCGUCCUUCAUUUAUGUUAAUAACGAAAUAGGAGUCAUACAAGAUAUUGAAAAUAUUGGUCUUUUGUGUAAAGAAAAAAGUGUAAUUUUCCAUUCGGAUGCAUCCCAAGCGGUAGGGAAAAUUCCCAUCGAUGUACAAAAAAUGAACAUCGAUUUGUUGUCCAUGUCAGGUCAUAAAUUAUAUGGCCCCAAAGGAAUCGGAGCAUUAUAUAUAAAAAGGAAAAAGCCGAACAUACGACUAAAUGCGAUAAUACAUGGAGGGGGACAAGAAAGGGGAUUACGAUCUGGAACUUUACCUACCCAUUUAAUUGUAGGUUUAGGAGAAGCAGCAAAUUUGGGAUCCAUCGAAAUGAAUCGUGACCAUAAAAAAAUGAGGUUCUUUUUUGAUUAUGUAAAAAAUCACUUGAUGGAAAACUUAGAUUAUAUCGUUUUCAAUGGAUGCCAAACAAAUCGAUAUUUUGGAAACAUGAAUGUGUCCUUUUUAUUUGUGGAGGGCGAAAGUUUGUUAAUGUCUUUGAACGAAAUAGCUCUUAGUUCGGGUUCUGCUUGCACAUCUAGCACGUUAGAACCCAGCUACGUAUUACGAUCCAUAGGAAUAUCAGAAGACAUAGCACACACUUCCAUAAGAAUUGGGUUUAACAGAUUCACAACCUUCUUCGAAGUGCAGCAGCUGUGCGACAAUUUGGUUAAGUCUGUCAAGAGGCUGCGGAGCAUCUCUCCGUUGUACGAAAUGGAGAUGGAGAAGAAAUCCUCC